UACGCGUUUGCAACGGGGCUACUCUAAAUCGCUUAGUGCGUGUAAAUUACUUUGUAAAAGUUUUGUCUGUCCAAUAAUUAAGUAUAAUUAAUAAACUGUAGUGCAAAAUUGAAGAACAGCACUGGAAUACGUUUACAUCCGAGGAAAACAUUGCAAAUUAAAUACAUACCAUACAUACAUAUAGAGAGAGCAACCAGAGUGUGGCAAGGAGAGCAGCAACCAGGGUGACAGUUGCGGCUACCGUGUGCUCCCCUUGUGUAUUUGUAUUAUGGAAAAAGGAUGUUCAGUUGCUAGCAGCGUGUCCACCAUCGGCAUCCCCCAAGUGGUUCAGGAAGGAGGGAGCAGCAGAAGAGAUUUCCGACAAAUCGAGCUUAAGACCCAACUCGAGCCGACUACCAGUGAAGUCGUAGGAUCUAUGUCCAAGUUGAGGGAAGACGUGGAGGACCUGGUCUCUUCAAACUCGCAACAUGGGUUUGCUGUAGUUCUCGAUGAUGAGUCUAGCACCUCUGGAGUGCUGGAGACUUUCGAGAUUAGUUCUUCCAAUUCACUGCCCAUUAGCACAGCCGGUGCAUCUACCGUUGGUGUAGUGGCAGUGGACGAUAGCUCCUCAACAGACACGCUCAACGGACAAAUGGAAAGCGCCUCGGACCACAGUGUAAGCUCUAUAAAUAACGCUUUUUUCAAUGAUCCUCCGGUCGUCAGCCUCUUAAACGAUGACGAAGAUGAUGAUGAUGAGGAUAUUGUUGAAGACGAAGAAGAUGAGGAUGUGGUAGCUGUUGUAAAUGGACAAACUAUAAAUUCGGCCGAAGACUGCGCUAAUACCUCACAAAUGGCUUUGACCGAUGGUACAGUUAAUGCCAUCAUUAUGACGACCGAUGGUUCAAAAAUUUAUUUGGAAACGCCCGUUGUUGAAGAUGUUCAAGCGCAUCCAAACAGCACCGGGACAAAUGCUGUUCAGUCUGAGUUUGGGGAAAAGACUGGCAACCCUAAGCGGCUCAGUGAUGAGUUUAUGUUUGGAGAGGACCAUGCUGAAGAGUAUGCAACAGCCACCCAAGGGUUAUCCACCAUCUGCAGCUCAGAAGCGACAACAACAAGGGGAAUUAAGUCUGAACAAGCAUCUGAUAUUAGUGGGGCCGAUGACACGGAUAGCGGCAGCAGUGGCAAUGCCGAAGUUGAGUCAUCUUUACACGAUCGACUGAUGUCAGUGCGCCUGAAGCAAAUGAGCCUAACGACCAAUGCCAGUGCAUUGCCCGCUCAGGAUGGUGUCGUUUGUGUUGAGGCGCCAGUGUCCAGCUCCCAUGCACCUCCAAUGUCCAAAGCUGAUAUCGAGUCAAUGGAUUUAAUAGAACGUUGCGAUUUUGAGAAUGAACAACGCCUAACCGGGGGCAUUGUGCUCAAGACCAGUUCGGUGAUGAGCAAAAACAAGUUGAAUUUAAGUCUGAUCAAAUCGUGUAUGGAUAAUUCCAAGCCCAGAGCCUGUGCCGGCGGCGGUGCUAGUGGCGUAAGCAGCAGCAGCGACGACUGGCCGAGCAGCAGUAGCAGUAGCGGACGAGCAGUCUCCUCCGAUAGCAAGUGUACAUAUAAAGAUCUGUCGACAACCCCAACGAGUAGUCGCAAAUAUUCAAACAAUCGGCUAAGCAAGUCCACUGCCAAACUCAAUCUAGGCGCCUCGCUGUGUGGAGCUGCCUCUUGCUCCCAGCACAACGCCACAACCUUGUCGUCCCCGUUUUUCAAGUCCUCGGUCAUCAUAGAAGCCACUACUACAGCCACAUCUCCAACCAAAUGCACCGGAGCAGCCAGAACUGACGCCUUCACAAGCACUAAUUGCGAUGAUAACUUGUUGUCUGCGCCUGCGCCGUCACAGGGCAAAGAAAGCAGCUUAGAGCAGGAGCACAAGGAUGUGGCUGCAGCGCUUGUACAAUCGACGGCAUUUAAUUCUGUGGCGUCGCAAACCAGUCAAGAGGUUACCUGCGGUCGCCCCACUAAUGGCAGUGACCCAGCCUGCGCCGGAGUACUCGACGACGCACAGCCUUCGACAUCGUCGGCACGUUGCCAGUAUGCGACGGCAGCCAAAAGUACACGCCAGGUUAAUGCCAGCGCCCAAACGAAUGAACGUUUUCUAUCUCGAGCCAGUGCGGCCUGUGGCAAUAGCAACAACAACAACAUAACUGCUAGGCAACGCCAACGCACGCAAUCGCAACGCAAUUGCUCCUCAAAUGAUGUCAUUGUUUUAGAAGUUGUGGUCGAAGAAGGAAAUGGCAAUGGUGGAAACGGACCUAUCAAUGCCGAGGCAGUGGUGGAUCCUGCUGACUUUAAUGUAGACGAGCCCUGGGCAAAUUGCGAUGAGGAUAACAACUCCUCUGAUAUGGAGGAGGUUUGCACUUGCCAAAAUAAUGCAAUAGGAAAUAGCAGUCUUAGUGGCAGCAACGCAAGCCUAAGCGAGACGCUGGAUAUGGAUGCAGGCGAAAGCUACCUUGGUGAUGAGCAGGGUGUAACUGAUUGCUCUCUGGCCAGCGCGGGAACCGUGGCAUCGGCUAACAAUGCCCAACAGCGCAAACGCAAAUACAAUGAUGGACGCCUGCUGGAUAGCGACUAUAGCGUGCAACUCACAUAUGGAGGUAGUGCUGCGACAGGAGACAACAAUUGCCGCAAACGUAUUGCUUAUGAUUUCGCUUCGACGCCACGUUCUUCUCAACACGCUUCAUCAGUGCUACCCGUCACUGCUUCCAUAACACCUUCGACGGCAGCAACGUUUGGCUGUGGGGUUGCAGCCGUGAUUAAUUCUCCAUUAGGUCGACGCACACCACGUUCUUUUAUAACUACGCGGGAUAACCCUCCGCCAGAGCUGCAGCCGUGGUUGGCUCAAUUUCAGCGCUGGACCCAUGGGGAGCGUUUGCUAGCAGUGGAUCGUCUGAUCGAACAUUGCGAUCCCUCGCAAGUGCGUCACAUGAUGAAGGUCAUUGAGCCACAAUUCCAGCGUGAUUUUAUCUCGUUGUUGCCGCGAGAAUUGGCUCUGUUUGUUUUAUCCUAUCUGGAGCCGAAAGACUUGCUCCGUGCUGCACAGACAUGUCGCAGUUGGCGGUUCUUGUGUGACGACAAUCUGCUAUGGAAGGAAAAAUGUCGUAAGGCGCAGAUCCUAACCGAGCCGCGCAGCGAUCGUCCAAAACGGGGACGCGACGGUAAUAUGCCACCUAUCUCGUCGCCUUGGAAGGCAGCGUAUAUGCGACAGCACAUCAUUGAAAUGAAUUGGCGCUCGAGAGCCGUUCGCAAGCCCAAGGUUCUAAAGGGUCACGACGAUCAUGUCAUCACAUGCCUACAGUUUUCUGCCAACCGAAUCGUCUCAGGCUCAGACGACAACACACUCAAGGUUUGGUCGGCAGUAACGGGCAAGUGCUUGCGAACUUUGGUGGGUCAUACUGGCGGCGUCUGGUCGUCGCAAAUGUCGGACAACAUUAUAAUCUCUGGCAGCACAGAUCGAACGCUGAAGGUAUGGGACAUGGAGAGAGGCACUUGUGUGCACACCUUACAGGGUCAUACCUCAACGGUGCGAUGCAUGCAUUUGCACGGCAAUAAGGUUGUCAGUGGUUCCCGGGAUGCUACUUUACGCGUUUGGGACAUUGAGCUGGGCACUUGUCUGCAUGUGCUAGUGGGUCAUCUGGCUGCGGUCCGAUGUGUGCAAUAUGAUGGCAAGCUUAUUGUCUCCGGGGCCUACGAUUACAUGGUUAAAAUAUGGCAUCCAGAGCGUCAGGAGUGCCUACACACCCUACAAGGACACACGAACCGCGUAUACUCCCUGCAGUUCGAUGGGAUUCAUGUUGUAUCCGGCUCUCUGGAUACUUCCAUUCGAGUCUGGGAUGUAGAGACUGGUAAUUGCAAACACACACUGAUGGGUCACCAAAGUCUGACAUCGGGAAUGGAACUGAGGCAGAAUAUUCUCGUCUCUGGAAAUGCAGACUCAACCGUCAAAGUCUGGGAUAUAACAACGGGGCAGUGCCUGCAGACACUAUCGGGUCCAAAUAAGCAUCAGUCUGCAGUCACUUGCUUGCAAUUCAAUUCACGUUUUGUUGUCACAAGCUCGGACGAUGGUACAGUCAAGUUAUGGGACGUAAAAACCGGCGAGUUUAUACGUAAUCUAGUAGCACUGGAUUCUGGCGGUUCUGGUGGCGUUGUAUGGCGCAUAAGGGCGAACGAUACGAAACUGAUCUGCGCAGUCGGCUCUCGUAAUGGCACAGAGGAGACAAAGCUUAUGGUUCUGGACUUUGAUGUGGAGGGAGCUUGUGUGAAGUGUUCAUAGGAGCGAUUCCAUUGCAUAGCGAAGCAGUUGAUUUGCACACGAAGCAAACAAAGGCGUACUAUUCUUUAUGUUAUGAUCCCUUCAAACGGCGGGAGAGUCAGUUUAGUAGCUCGUAGAAAUUGUGAAUCGGUAACGAUUUCAUAGUCGAGUGCAUAUUUAAUGAAAACUCAAACAUCAUAGAAACUUACAAGCACACCAAACACUCAUUCACUUCAUUCACACGCGCAUAUGCGCGGGAAAACGGUCAUUGCUAGCCUUGCCAACAAAUGGAGCUCCUCGGCUCGGACCUCAACAAUAAUCACAUUGAUGAAAUUUUUAAUCUAAAGUUUUCAAUGUUAUAAUUUAUUUCAUUUAUUUUGCUACUUUCAUAGCCAAAAUUUGUUUUCCAAUCAUAGAAUAAUUUCUUGCUUAGUUCUAUACAGUUUUAAUGGUUUAUUAUGGCAUUGAAAAUCAAUUAACACAUUUUAGGUAUACAGUUAUUAUGCUUAGGCCUACAGUUAUUAUGUUCAAUUCGAAUGGAAGCCUAAUGGGAACGAACCUUAAUUAAAAAACAGCUUUAUAUUAUAUAAUUAAAUUGUUUACUUGAAUGUUAAUGCCGUUUGUGCAUUUCACUUAUAUAUUUGGAUUCUGUUGAGUUUUGUGGUAUCGUUUCUUGUUCAUAAGUCCCUCAGUUUGUGUUUUGUUUCCAUGUGAAAAUUGAUUUUCUUGUUAAAGCUCUUGGGGAGCAUCGUUCAAAUUAUAUUGGCACAAGCUUCAAGUAAAUUUAAAAUGAUUAUUGCUCUAUUUUGUAUUUUUUUGUAUUCAUUUGCCACAACAAUUGCCAUUAAUAGUAAUGGGAUUACGGGAACUAGGCGGUGGAAGUAGUACAGAGCUUCCGCUGCGGCACCAUUGAUGAUCAUGACGAUGAUGAUGCGAAGUCGUUUCGAAGUUGUGUUAACCUGGCAAUCGUAUGUUAUAAGUUUAAAAGUUGGGCAGCUCAUACACUUACAAUCAUCAACAUACAAGCACACACCGCACACAUACACAAAAGCAUUAAGCGAACAUAUAUUUUAAUUAUAGACUGAUUUAUUAGUAAUUGUAAUUGAAUUGAAAUUAAUCUACCAAUAUAUAUGUGUACGGUACCGUAUGUAUUUAAAUAAAAUUUAUUGGCUUAAGUUUAAACAUAAAUCUGAAUAAACGCAGGAAUAGUUAAACAAGAGUUAAUAAAUGUAUGUGCAUGUGA